AUGAUUUUCGGAGAGUGCUCUAAUCUGCGCAGGGUGAUCAACAUCGCGGGCAUCGCAGCCUUGCCGAACAACGCCACAGCAGCCGCUGCUGAAGUCUUGGAUGUGCUCGAUCGCACGCUGCGGCUGAUGCAAGCCAUGGCCCAGGCUGCCAAGGAUGGUGCCGAUGGCAUGCCGGAGCUCUGGCUUCCGAUUUGCUUGGGCAAUGCCGUUGUAGAUGGCGAUCUAGCUUCGGCAUCGGCCAGGCUUCCCGCAAGCCAUGCAGGAAUCUGGGGCCUUGCAAAGGCCUUCCGCAACGAGCACCCCGAGCUCGCCAGCACGGUGACCUUGGAUUUGGAGGAGGCGGAGUGCUCGGCCUCGGGCCUGGCCGCGCAGUUGCAAUACCUGUCAAAGCAGCGGGCCGCUGGUCUCGCAGAGCCGGAGCUCGCGGCACGCACGGCAAAGCUCCUGGUGCCGCGGCUCGUGGACUCGACCCAGAGGCUGCAGAACGAUCUUGGGAAUCCGAGCUUCGGGUCCGAUGGAAUGUACAUGGUCACAGGUGGAACCGGAGCCCUUGGCCUGCUCUUCGUCGACUGGAUGGUCCGCUGCGGGGCACGGCACUUCGCGUUGCUGUCCCGAAGCGGCCAACCGCCCGCGGACUCCAAGGCCGCCUUCCGAAAGCUCGAGAAGCAGAUGGCCAAGAUGAAGGGCGUGACCUUCUCCGCCCGCAAGUGCGACAUCGGCUCCGGUGCCGAUGUCCUGCGCGUGACCACGCAGGUGCUGGACGAGAAGCACGUGGUCAAGGGCAUUGUGCACGCUGCCGGAACCCUGGCCGAUGGCCUCAUCAAAGAUGGCCAGGACCGCACGACCCUGAAGACGGUGUGCUCGGCCAAGGUGGAUGGUUCCCUCCAGCUUCACAAUGCGGCAGACCAGCUGGAUCUACCGCUGGAGUUCAUGUGGCUGUUCUCCUCCGUGGCCGCCAUGAUCGGGUCCGUUGCACAGGGUAACUACUGUGCUGCCAAUGCUUUCAUGGAUUCCAUGGGUGCACGGCGGCGGGCACGCAACUUGCCGGCCAUCUCCUUGCAGUGGGGCCCCUGGGCAGACGUUGGCAUGGCGGCAAGGGCCGGAACAUCCGAAGGCAGCAUCGCCCGCCUGGAUCCUGAACGGGGCCUCGAAGCGAUGGCUUUGGUCCUCGGAGCAGCGAGCCUCCUCAGACCCGCAGGUACGCUGGGCAUUGCCCGCAUCAAGUGGAAGUCGCUCCUGGGGCAGAUGCCCAAAGUCCCACCGGUGCUGAGCAAGUUCGGUGGCAGCAGUGGUCCAAAGAAAGCCUCGGCUGCUGCAGCUGGCGCAGUCGUGAGCGCCGAUGACAUCAAGGGUGUGGUUGUCGGCGUCCUUCAGGAUGUGUUGGAAGGGGAGGGUGACCUGGAUCUGUCCACACCUUUGAUGGAGAUGGGUUUGGACUCCUUGGCUGGCGUCGAGUUCCGCAAUCGGCUCCAAGCAUCUUUCGAAGGAUUGCAGCUGUCCUCGACUCUCAUGUUCGACUACCCCACCGUGCCAGAUCUGGUAGACUACAUCUAUGGGCAGGUGGGACCUGCCGAAGAUGACCUUGCAGCAGGUGGGGGUGCCACGCUGGGGGACGUUGGUGCCAUGCUCUCCAUCGCAGCUCGGAGAAAUCUGGAGGAUGGUGCAAUUGAGCACUUUGUGGAGUUUUCAGUUUGUUGCUUCAAGUUGCUCCUGGUAGAGGGGUGA